AUGAGUACAUCUACUGGCAUUUAUCAUUGGAAAUUAGGCGAUAUUGCCCUAGCAAGAAUUUCUAAAAAAAAUUACGCCAAAGUACAGGUAGUGAAAAAUGAAGAUGGUUUUUUUCAUGACAAAAAAGUUUUAGGUAUAUCAGCUAAUGAUGAAGGUCUAACAAUAACAAAAGAGCUUUGUUACUAUGUAGAGAUCAUACGAUCUAAACAACGGUUGUGGCUUCCAUACACUUGCAUGCACUUAGCCGAACGCUCUAGACCAUUCUAUGGGCCUGUUUCUAAAUCAGCAACUAAGCCUGUUGUCAAAAGUAUACCAAGAAAGAGGAAAAUUAAGGAAGACCAUAUUCUACCAUUAAAUGUAAAACCAUUAAAGUUCAAGGAACCAGAUUUGAAUGUAUCAUUUGAAAUCAGACAAAUGCCCCUUAAACAAGGAAAAUAUGAUAAUGCAUUUAAGGAAUUUGUUCGACUCGGAAAAGAAGAAAUAUUUGAUUAUUUCUAUGAUUGCCUUUGCCACAAUGAAGAUUGUAACGAAGAUAUUAUUGAUUAUCUUAAAAAUAUUGAUGCCAGUACCGAAGAUAAGUUCGAAUUAGUCAUAAAAAAUAUUGUUAGUGAAAAGGAAAUUGAGAAUUAUCUUCAUCAAUGUUGGAGGUAUAACUUUGUACAUAAGCAAAUAGAUACCAAGGAUUCGUCAGAAAACUCUAAGUUUUCUUCGGCCAAAGCACCUGUAACAGUUCAUGUACCGUGGUGCUUGGUUUGUGGUGUUGGGGAAAAAUUAAGAGAAUGUACUAAUUGCCCGUCGUCCUUCCAUCUUGCUUGUAGAAGAGAAUGGUUAACAUCUAUAAUACAUCGUAAAAAUCCACCUAAAAAAACUCAAAAAGUGACAAUCGUGGAGAAGAUCUUAUCGAGCACUCGAGCAAUUUGCACGGUGCAGAAAGACAAGGAGAAUGUUGACCUGUGUCCCAGUUGUAUGUGGGGUCCCAAAGUUGGGUACGACGACGUGGUGUGGCACAAGCUGGGCAGCUGUCCGUGGUGGCCGGCGCGCGUGCUGACGCCGGGCGCCGCGCCGUCCUGCCUGCUCGCGCGCGCGCACUCGCCCCACCAGUGGCCGCUCAAGUACUACGGUACAUUAAACUAUUCCUGGGGCGAUUCGAACAGAAUGUGUUUAUUCCUACCAAAACAGACGACAGCCUUACAGCCAAAGGACGAAACUCUUCGCCAGGCGAUGCUGGACGCGUGUGAUGACUACAUUGCUGUUUAUUUAACAUAAAUCAAAAAUAUUUAAAAUAAUAUUACAUCACGAUAUUGAAUAAUUUUUUUAAUAAAAUAUUUUAAUUUUCUUUUUAGUUACUACUAGGGCUAAUAAAUGGUUCCUUUGACGAUUUAUUUUAAAAAAUUAAGCGAGCGUUCACACGUAACGUUAAGACAGCUGCCGACUGUAAGCGAGCUGACUAUCCCUAAUAGCCCUAGUAUGAACGUAGAAAUGAACUGCAUUUCACGUUCACACUGCAUAAGCAGAGGGUGGCUGUCGAAUGGUUCUGUUGUAGCCAAUCAGUGUCCGCGGUGCGUAGUGGCGCAGCAAUACUAUAGGCUGCUGAGUCGGUGACUAGACAGCCUCAUAGCUUAUUAUUGGUUGGCGGUGAAAGUGUAGUUGGUAUGUUUGUAUGUAUGGGAAAGCAAUAAGCGUAACGUCCGCUAACAGCUGGCGACUCACUUUACGUCGUCUGUCUCGCUAACUUUUUAUUCUAUGAUUCUAUUGUUUUUUAAUUAAAAAUAAGUUUUUA